CAGCACCGGCAGCCGCCGCUUCCUGCCUCGCGCUCCCCUCCAGAGACUGGCCAAGCGGGUGUAGCCGCCGGGGGAGGCUCCCGCUGAGGGAACCCGGCGAGGACAAGAGCCCGGAGGCUGGCUGCCUCCCACUCCGCCUGUCCAGCGGUCGGUGUCUCUGCCCGCGUGUGUGUCCCGGGUGCUGCCGGGGGGGACCUGUGUCAGUUUGCGCCUCUGAGAUCACACAGCUGCCUAGGGGCCGUGUAAUGCCCAGGGCAAGUCUUGGCUUUGAUUUUUAUUAUUAUUACUAUCAUUUUACGCUUGGCUUUCGGGAACCCCUCGCGAUGUUGUAGGAUAAAGGAAAUGACACUUUAAGGAACUGGAGAGAACAUACACGCGUUUGGGUUUGAAGAGAAAACCGGUCCCCCCGCUUACCCCAGCGUGCUCCCUCUUUGCUGAUUCCAGAAGCUAUCUCCUAGUGAGGUGGGGAUUCCAGCAAGAAUUAAAGGUGAAGACAGACGGGCCACCAGGACCCAGGAGGGAAACGCUGGCCAUUAGAGACCUUUACAGAAGACACCACAAGGAAGAAAAUUAGAGAGAGGAAAAACACAAAGACAUAAUUAUACGAGAUUCCACAAGCCUAGCCCUGGAGAAAGCCUCUCUUUCAAAAAUGGAUAUGUUCCCUCUUACCUGGGUUUUCUUAGCUCUGUACUUUUCAGGACACAAAGUGAGAAGCCAACCAGACCCACCCUGUGGAGGUCGGCUGAAUUCCAAGGAUGCUGGCUACAUCACCUCCCCGGGUUACCCCCAGGACUAUCCCUCUCACCAGAACUGCGAGUGGGUUGUGUACGCACCAGAACCCAACCAGAAGAUCGUCCUCAACUUCAACCCUCACUUUGAAAUCGAAAAACAUGACUGCAAGUAUGACUUCAUUGAGAUUCGGGAUGGGGACAGUGAGUCAGCUGACCUCCUGGGCAAACACUGUGGGAACAUCGCUCCGCCCACCAUCAUCAGCUCUGGCUCCAUGUUAUACAUCAAGUUCACAUCAGACUAUGCCCGGCAGGGGGCAGGUUUCUCCCUACGCUACGAGAUCUUCAAAACAGGCUCUGAAGAUUGUUCCAAGAACUUCACAAGCCCCAAUGGGACCAUUGAAUCACCCGGGUUUCCAGAGAAGUACCCACACAAUCUGGACUGCACCUUCACCAUCCUGGCCAAACCCAGGAUGGAGAUCAUCCUGCAGUUCCUGACCUUUGACCUGGAGCAUGACCCCCUACAAGUGGGGGAAGGAGACUGCAAAUAUGACUGGCUGGACAUCUGGGAUGGCAUUCCACACGUUGGCCCUCUGAUUGGCAAGUACUGUGGGACCAAAACACCCUCCAAGCUCCGCUCAUCCACGGGGAUCCUCUCCCUGACCUUUCACACGGACAUGGCAGUGGCCAAGGACGGCUUCUCCGCACGUUACUACCUGGUCCACCAAGAGCCUCCUGAGAACUUCCAGUGCAACGUCCCUCUGGGAAUGGAGUCCGGCCGGAUUGCUAACGAGCAGAUCAGUGCCUCAUCCACGUUCUCUGAUGGGAGGUGGACGCCUCAACAGAGCCGGCUCCAUGGUGAUGACAAUGGCUGGACCCCCAACUUGGAUUCCAACAAGGAGUACCUCCAGGUGGACCUGCGCUUCCUCACCGUGCUCACAGCCAUUGCCACACAGGGAGCCAUUUCCAGGGAGACCCAGAAAGGCUACUACGUCAAGACGUACAAGCUGGAGGUCAGCUCGAACGGGGAGGACUGGAUGGUCUACCGGCAUGGCAAAAACCACAAGGUAUUCCAGGCUAACAACGAUGCGACUGAGGUGGUCCUAAAUAAACUCCACACGCCACUGCUGACAAGGUUCGUCAAUCGCCCACAGACGUGGCACUUGGGCAUUGCCCUUCGCCUGGAGCUCUUUGGCUGUCGAGUCACAGAUGCACCCUGCUCCAACACUGGGAUGCUCUCGGGCCUCAUUGCUGAUACCCAGAUCUCUGCCUCCUCCACCCGAGAAUACCUCUGGAGCCCCAGUGAGGCCCGCCUGGUUAGCAGCCGUUCCGGCUGGUUCCCUCGGAACCCUCAAGCCCAGCCAGGUGAAGAGUGGCUUCAGGUGGACUUGGGACCGCCCAAGACGGUGAAAGGUGUCAUCAUCCAGGGCGCCCGUGGAGGGGACAGCAUCUCUGCCAUGGAAGCCAGGGCAUUUUGUACGCAAGUUCAAAGUCUCCUACAGCUAAACGGCAAGGAAUGGGAAUACAUCCAGGAUCCCAGGACUCAGCAGCCAAAGGUAGGCUGUUCUCGGGGAACUCUAAUCUCCACUUUGGGGGUCAGCGUCAUCCACCCCAUGGCUGACACAUUUGUGCUGUCCUUGGGGAGCUUCCAGUACUCAAAGCCCACAGUGGAGACGCUGGGACCCACCGUAAAGAGUGAAGAGACUACCACCCCGUAUCCCAUGGAAGAGGAUGCCACAGAGUGUGGGGAAAACUGCAGCUUUGAGGACGACAAAGACUUGCAACUCCCUUCGGGAUUCAACUGCAACUUUGACUUCCCCGAAGAGCCCUGUGGUUGGAUGUAUGACCAUGCCAAGUGGCUCCGAAGCACCUGGAUGGGCAGUGCCAGCCCCGAUGACCGAACAUUUCCAGAUGACAAGAACUUCUUGAGACUACAGAGCGAUGGCCGGCGAGAGGGCCAGUAUGGGCGGCUCAUCAGCCCACCUGUGCACCUGCCCCGAAGUCCUGUGUGCAUGGAGUUCCAGUACCAAGCCACCGGCGGCCACGGGGUGGCGCUGCAGGUGGUUCGGGAAGCUAGCCAGGAGAGCAAACUCCUCUGGGUCAUCCGUGAGGACCAAGGCAGCGAGUGGAAGCAUGGACGAAUUAUCCUGCCCAGCUAUGACAUGGAGUAUCAGAUCGUAUUCGAGGGUGUGAUCGGGAAAGGACGAUCGGGAGAGAUCGCCAUUGAUGACAUUCGGCUAAGCACUGAUGUCCCACUGGAGAACUGCAUGGAACCCAUCUCAGCUUUUACAGUGGACAUCCCAGAAAUCCGUGGGGGAGAGGGCUAUGAAGAUGAAAUUGAUGAUGAGUAUGAGGGAGACUGGAGCAACUCUUCUUCCCAUACCUCAGGAGCUGGUGGCCCCUCAUCUGGCAAAGAAAAGAGCUGGCUGUACACACUGGACCCCAUCCUCAUCACCAUCAUCGCCAUGAGCUCGCUGGGUGUCCUGUUGGGGGCCACCUGUGCCGGCCUCCUCCUCUACUGCACCUGCUCCUACUCCGGCCUGAGUUCACGCAGCUGCACCACUCUGGAGAACUACAACUUUGAGCUCUACGACGGCCUCAAGCACAAGGUCAAGAUGAACCAGCAGAAGUGUUGCUCGGAGGCGUGACGGGUUGCACCUGAAGCGCUUCUGACGUUUCAUUCCAGUGAGAGGGGCUAGCGAAGAGUACUUUUUUUUUUUAACCCCCUUUGGAAACUGAAUGCCAUAAUCUCAAUCAAACCAAUCCAGAAUACUGAAGGUAUGGGCAGGACAGACAGGCUAGUCUAGGGAAAGAGUGAGAUGCAGCCAUGAGGGGAAUUAUUGCCCACCAAGGACUGUGGUGGCCAAGUUACGGCAGGAGCAGGGCCGUGUUCUCUGCCGGGACAGACAGGAGCGCAUCUCUUUGGAGUCACAGUUCUAUUUUGUUUGUGGGUUCGUUACGACUAUGGUUGUGUUAUGUUUUUCUCUUUUUGGUUGUGAGCAAUUCAAAGAGGCAGAAGAGAAUGGCUUGUCCAGUGGGAAGAGGGGAGAGGACCGUGACUCCCUUCCUCUUUAAUCAACACUUGAAAAGCCAAGGGUCUUUCCAGCCCUUCCAGCUUGAGAAAUGAAACUUAAGAAACAAGAGCCACCCAGCUUAGCUUGCCCCCGGAUGGUCUUACAACUCACGAGACUUGCUGGGGGUGUGUUCAGAUUCUGCCAGCCUACCCUAGGAGCUGCCGUUUUUUCAGUCCUAGCAUAUCGAAGUAGGAUGUUAUUGCCUUUAACUUUUUUUAAUCCAGGGGAAGAUUGCCAUUUUAAGGUCAGCUUGAACAAUUCUUUCUUAUAUACAAUUUAAAAUAAACCAGAACAGAAACUUCAUAUGCCAGAAUCCAUAGACCCACCUCUAUGGUUAGACACAGACAAGCCUUAAAAUGCUUUGAUAACUGGGGGGCUAUUCUUUAAUCUUGACCCAGAGUUUGUGGCUGUGGGGCGUCCCUUUGUGGGGACUCUGCUGGUGGCUUUGCCUUUUCUUUUUCCUCCUAUUUGUUCUUCUACAAAGUAUACAUAUAUUCACAUAUGCACACACACACACACACACACACAGUGAGAGGGAAAUUUUGCCAGUCUCUAUUCUCUGUUCUCAGAGCAGGAUGAGAAGUCAGGUGGAUGGUGUGUUUCCUCCUGACCUCUAGAUAGAAAGAACAGGGGAAAAGGAGGAAAGAGAAGCCCAGCCUGUGUUGGGAAGACUGAGCAAUGUGGACAGAGACGUUUUGUUGAUUGGUCUCCUUGAUAGGUUGAUAAUAUUGAUCUCUUGUGAGCAGGCUCCAUCCUUGUAGGGACGUGAGGUCAAGGACAUGCAUGAGUUGCUUCUACCCACAAGUCUGCAAGUGCUGUGGAUGAAGUAGUUCACCACACUGCUUCAACCUCAGGAAGACUUCAGUUCUUAUUCAUACACGUAUGUGUCAUGUAUACAGACACACACACACACACACACACACACACACACAUGCAUGCAUGCACACAUGCAGCAGUUUAUGUGUUUUUUAUAAAGUGCCUUGAUAAAAAUGAAGAAAAAUGUAUUUCCCCUCUGGGUAGGAAUCACGACAGUCUCACAAGUUAAGGCAUUCCUCCUCCUCUGACCCCAGUGACCCCAUUCCCAGCUCCCCUACCUACCCACCGCUGAGCCACAGCGGAAUGAGUCCUGCUCCCUGGGGAAAACCAGAACCCUGGAUGACUCCUGAAAGGGAGGUGUCAGAAACAGAACGGAACUGUGUGAAGGAUAAGAUUGUCCUCAAGAUCCAAAUCUUGACUUUGUGUUAAUGCCUAAAGAUUGUCUGUGCUCUAGAAAUCCAUGACGAGCCCCACCAGUUUGCCCUAACUGUUGCAUAUAAGUGACAGACUGACCAUUUUUGCUGCUGUGGUCACCCACGACUUCAUUUGUCUUGCACCCAGGCCAAAGGAGCAGGGUGAACGGGACUGGCUGGUUCCUUUAAAUGUUAACUUAUGAAAACGCUAGUUCAGAUGGUAACGUCACAGUGUUUUGUAUGCAGAGAGGGAAACGGUCAUACCGACAGCUAUUUAUUCCCAUAUGUGUGUGUGUGUGUGUCUUUGCGCGCCUUUGAGUUCUCUGUAUCUACUGUGUAUGUGCGUGGUCACGUGGAACUCAGUGGUGGUGUUGUGACUUUGACCUAGAGCCUGAGUGUUACUGCUGAUCUUGGCACUCCUUGGCACAGUGGUAGAGGUGGAAAGUUAAGCUGUUGAGCCCUGGGGGCUUAGUGUUAGGUGCCCUCUGAGCUGGGCAUGCGGUAGAAGGAAGACUGUAUUUGCUCAUUCUCCUCUUCACCCUCCCAUGCAGCUAGGAUUCAGAACCCUGAGAGCCUCUAGGGAGGAGAGACAUUCAAAGGCCCACUCUGGGAGUCCUGGCCCUCUCAUGCCCAGUGGACCGUUUUGCUAUAAUUCCCCAAAGACCAGCCCUGUCUAUAAACCUGCAGUUCUGUUCCAUGCCACUCAACCUGUAUCCCUUUUACAAGUCCCGCAUCCAUUUCACUUCGGCUGAGUUGAGGCUCUGAGUGGACCCUGAGAGCUAAACAGAAACGGGGUGCCCAGGGCUACAAGUAGAUACCUCACCAAGGCUGGAGGCUGGUCUGUUGAAAGGUGUAAAGAAAGACAGAAGGGUCUGAUUCUAACUUGGCCAGGGGACACCUUGGUGCAUUGGUUCUCUUUAUCUUCAGAUAGGCUAGCUGGUCCAUCUCCUUGAAUGGUUCCCUUUGGGAAACCUAACUCACAGUAUUGAUCUCUUUUUUUGCCUUGUACUGAAUGACACAUUACCUCCAUGCUCUCCUGGACUAGGUGGUCCACAGGGCCACAGGGUUGCUUUCUCUCUUUGGUGGGGAUGGGGAGUUCACAGGGAUGAGCAUGAAUGACAAGAAAAUAGGGGUGGGGGAAAGUGAAGCUUUUCCAGGGUGUGCGGUUAAAGGGAUUUGACCAUUCACUGGCUGAGCCAGAUCACGGGAACUCGAGAGCUUUUACUGUGAUUCUUCAAUGUAAAAAAUAAACAAUGUCAAACUGUGUUUAUAUGAUUUGUAUAAAGCCUUUUUAAGAUUACUAUUUAAAUAAACAUUAUGCCAGAA